UGGGAGAGAGUUUGGCACUAAAUGCCAAAUUGUCUAUACUACAGAAACUUCUGAUCAUGUGAUGCAUGAGUGACAUCUGCUAAACCAACCAACCCAUCAAGUACAUUGAGGAUGGAACUUUUUCGCCCAUGUUUUGUUAACCUAAAAUUUCCCUGAAAUUGUUUUGAUGGUAAUCUUCUAAAGGAGAUAUAUCAUACAAUAUGGCGGAUAAGGAAAACGCUCAAGAACCAAUGGUGGAUUUUGCAGGUGAUCCGAAUAUUUUUACUAAGGAGAACAGAGCCAAGAGAGUUGCUAAAAAUGUCGGAAAAUGGUGUUUGACCAAUCUUCUCUUGGUGUUGACUGUUAUUGGUGUAUUCUUUGGAGUGGUGUUUGGUUUUGCAGCACGAACUGCCAACCCUUCUCGCGAUACAAUAAUGAUGGUGUCAUUUCCUGGAGAUAUGUUAAUGAGAAUGUUAAAGAUGUUAAUUCUACCUCUGAUUGUUUCUAGUAUGAUUACAGGUCUGGCAUCACUAGAUGCGAAUUCUUCUGGUCGUAUGGGUCUAUAUGCAGUGGUAUAUUAUUUUGCCACAACAUUUAUGGCUAUUAUACUGGGUAUUAUACUGGUAGUUAGUAUACAUCCUGGUACUUUCACCAUUAUGGACAACGAGACUGAUUUAGUUGAUGAAGCACCUGUUUCAUCUUUAGAUGCUUUCCUAGAUUUAAUCAGGAACAUUUUUCCUAAUAAUAUCAUGCAGUCCUGUUUUCAACAUACAAAAACCGUGUAUAAAAAGAAAUAUUUGAAGACGACGGAUGGAGAUAAUUCUACAGAUUUAACGAAUAUUACCACCACUGUUUCUACACUAACCACCACAGCAUCAGUUAAUGUAACAAAUAUGACAGAAGCUGCGUUUAGAUGGGUUCGUACUUUCCCUCCAGUUGACGGCAUCAAUGUACUAGGAUUGAUUGUAUUCUGUACUGUAUUUGGUAUCAUGCUGAGUAAAAUGGGAGAGCGAGGUAAAAUUAUGGUGGAUUUUUUUGCUGUUCUCAAUGAAAUUAUAAUGAAGAUGGUCUUACUCGUCAUGUGGUAUUCACCUAUUGGUAUUAUGUUUUUGAUUAUUGGUAAGAUAUUGUCUCUAGAUGAUCCAGCUGCUCUAGGUGAACGUCUAGGAAUGUACAUGGUGACUGUAUUAGCCGGUCUGAUUAUACAUGCUGUUAUCAUACUACCUUCCAUCUACUUCAUUAUUACACGUAAAAAUCCUCUCCGACUAUUUAUAGGAAUUCUACAAGCUUGGGUCACUGCCUUGGGUACUGCUUCUAGUUCUGCUACGUUGCCAGUAACUUUCCGUUGUUUAGAAGAGAAUUUAAAUAUUGACAGACGUGUAACAAGAUUUGUCCUACCAAUAGGAGCUACUAUAAAUAUGGAUGGUACAGCUCUAUAUGAAGCUGUUGCUCCCAUAUUUAUUGCUCAAAUGAAUGGUAUAGACCUCAACUUUGGUCAGAUUAUUACUAUCAGUUUAACAGCAACAUGUGCUAGUAUUGGAGCUGCUGCUAUACCCAGUGCUGGUCUGGUUACCAUGGUGAUGGUACUUACAUCUGUUGGUCUUCCUGCUGAUGAUGUCAGUUUGAUUCUGGCUGUUGAUUGGUUUUUGGACAGAAUUCGUACCUCUAUCAACGUAUUAGGAGACAGUUUUGGAGCAGGUGUGGUGGCUCAUUUAUGUAGACAUCAACUGGAACAAGAUCAGCACGCUCCUAUAGAUGAUCGAUCCAUUGAACUUGUAGAAACACAGUCCGAUAAAAAACGUGGGAGCCGGAUAUCACAAGGCAAUGGUGAUACUACACAUGAUGAAUAAAUGUCGUACAUGUGUAGGUCAUUAGGAAUUUAUAACUAGCAUCGUCUUUAAAAAACCUUUAUUUGGUAUAAGAGUCAUAAUUUUACAUAUGGCAUAUUGUCCUUUGAUUAUAAAUUUUAUCAAAUGAUUUUACAGUGUUUUUACAUACAGGGUUUUAAUUUGCAUAAACACUCUACCAUUAUUUUUCAAUCUCAGCGUUUGUAAAAUAUAACUUGAUACAUAAAAAGACAUGAAGCUAUAUUCUAUUUGAAGUUUGUUACUUUAAAAAUGUUAUAAAUACGGAUAAAAAAAACUUCUAUUAAUACAUAUAGGGCAUUGUAAAAACAAAGUGAAUGUUGUUAUUUCUAUUAAGAGUUAUUGAAGCUAGAGAGUACAUAUGUGUAAUUAUGUGGUAUGCUUUCUUUUUUUUUUUUAAGUUUCUUCUCAUCGAAACAUGUUUCCAUACCAUCUGCAAACAUCUUGCCAACUAAUCACAAAAUUAAUGGAUACUUUUGUUCAAUCUACUAUAGUACACUAGCUUAAAGGACAAUGUUGGUGCCGGUCAUUAUCACAUAUGUGAUAGACAUUCCAAAUAUAAUUUGAACACAGAGAUCAU